AUGCAGAGAUCAGCGAACCUGGCGAGGUCGUAUGAGCGUGAAAUUAGAAAGCAUGACUAUGAAAUCAAUGCCCGGAAGGACAUGUUGGAAAGCUUAGAUGGGGAACAAAAGAAGUGGGAUCUUGAGCUGGAGAGGCUCAGGGAUGCUGAGAAGAUGGCUUAG